AUGUCGACAUCGUCGUCGAUGCUUCCGACGACACCGAUCGGAAAACAACAAGUGAUUGAUAUGAAAGCAGGAGCGAUUCUUAGAGAUAAUGCGAGAAAAAGAAGUGGUCAAUUCUACGGCUGUCCACUUACCGUAGUCCUCACACUUAUCAUUUCAAUCAAAUGCUUCUUCAUCGUAGCUUGGAUAUACCGAGAGUACGGUAAUUUCGAUUUCCGGUGUACGGCAUGGAAUGGGCAGAUUGCUGAUAGCAUGUACAGAUCAAGACGGUGGACAUUAACCUACUCAAUGGAUGAUGAAAAAAGCAAAAAGGACAAAGAAAUGACGGAUUAUGACUAUGCUGGGGAACAGGAUGCUUUACCGGACACACGAAAAAAGAGAAUGGUUCAUUACGAAAAAUCUGACCCCCGAAAAUUCUCAAAAACUCCCGAAAAUGAUGACGAUGAUGAUAACGCGAAAACCGAUGUGAUCAACAAAGAAAAGAAGAAAAAGAAGCCGUUAUACGGUAGAUCAACGUCCACUUCCACUGAUUUACAUCCUCCAAAAAUUGAUCCUCGUUUGGAUUUCGGACCACUUCCACCGAAUUUUCAACGCCGAAUUGACAGUAAUCAUAUUCCUGAUAUCAGUGAUAAUGAUAAUGGAGAUGAUGAUCUACCAAUGACUACAAUGGUUACUUUAACCAAUACUCAAAUCAUUCCGUUAUCUGGAGAAGAAAGUGGAGUUGUUAAAAUGAAAACCAUUCGAAAUCGUGUCGAAAAAGUUGGCUCCGACGAGGAGCAAUUCAUCGAAAUCGACAUUGCAAAUGCUCCAAGAAUCUAUGUUUCAAAAAUCAAAUCUAGGCAUGGAGGAGACGAAGAAGAGCAUUUUGAUCUUCUAAAAGAGCUGAAAAAGGAUUCUGAAAAUUUGGAGAAGAAUAAGAAGACAAAAAAGAAGGGAAAAGGAUUGAAAAAGGCGAAGAAGCUAUUGGCGGAAUCCCAGAAUUCCACGACUCCAGAAUCCACAACGACCAAAAAACCAAAAGGAAAGGGUUUGAAAAAGCUGAAAAAGCAGCAAAAAACGACGAAUCCAUCAGAAGAAGUGACCAAAUUGCCACGUCAUCUUGUUGGAAAAUCUUCAAGUCUUGGUCCCACCACCCCUCGACCCAAAUCCAGUUGGAUAAAUGGAGUAGUGGACCCCUCCGACCCCAAAUUCUCAAACCAAGGACAAAUCCGAGGGUAUCCGAUGCAAAAGGCAUCGAAAAAACCAUUCUCCACAACGCCAAAACCGUCGUCAGGGGAUUCAGAAGAGGAUAAGGAGAAGAUAAAACUAUCGGAAAGUACGAGAAUGAUGUGGGAUAUGGAUGAACUGAAAUAUACGACAUUUUUGGCGCCAAAGACUACAGAGCAAACGAAAAUUGAUGAGGCGGAGGAGGAUUUAAAUCGAGGAGAAGACGUGAAGUUUAAAGUGGAUUCUGAAGUGGCCACGACGACGACGAAGGCAAUUAUGGCCACGACUACAGAGAAACCGUUACCGGGCGGCAUAUCAAGAAAAGAAUGGGACCAGAAAAAGGAGGCCUUCGAGGCCUACACCCCAUCAAUCCUCUCUACGGAUCUUGAACCAUCUCACUCUGGAAACUCAGCCGCUUCUCCGUAUCAUGUCCAUCUACCCGAUCAUCCUCCAACAACAUCCACAUCAUCUCCAUCAUUCCAUUUCAUACCUCCAUCAUCAGAAGCACCGUAUUAUGUAGAAGUGAAUGAUGCAGAUACAGAAACAAUCUAUGUAAAAGACGUCACUCCAAUGUUUCGAAAUGCGUUUGUGGGACCGAAUGAUAUGGAGACAACUACUAGACCCUAUGAUCCCUUGCAUCUAGAGAUGGAAAUCGCGAAACUCAAAGAAUCCUCUGUCUGCCUGGCUCGAAUGGCCUUCGAUGUCUGGUGCAUUUUCGUGGUAAGACCCUUUUUCAUUUUUUUUUUGCAUAUAUUUCAUAAUUUUUCAAAUUUCCAGCUCUUCUCAUCCGUCCCAUUUGUAAUGGGCAUCUUUUUCCCUCGAUGGAGCCUCUUUGUGCUCCAUAUAGUUUUUGACUUCCUAUUCUUGGUAGUUGCAUUUGUUAGCAGUUUAACAAUUGCGAUUAUGUCAAGUAUAAUGUAUUUUCUCAUCGAGGAGAUGACAUCGGAUUUGCUGUUUGAAUUUUUAUUGGUCGCUUUUGUGAUUGAUAUCGUCCUGGUCCUCUACUCUGUAAUCGUCGGAAUCGCCUAUCGAUGUUGCUGUCGUAUUGUGGAUAAUACGAUAAAAGAACAAAGCAACAAAAAUAAUUAUUGGUUUUACGGGUUCACACCACCUUCCCCCCAAAAAUUGUCGUAG